UUUUGUUGGCUGUUUCCAUGGCAGCAGAGUCCUGGCAGGGUGAGCGGUGUGAUAGACGUCAGGUGGAUGUAUAGCAGAGAUCUCUGUGUCACCGCCUCUUGCGCCUGAAAUACUCAGGUGCUCACGAUGCUGGCGGCCAGGACUCUACGUGACGCCAAGAGCAUCACCCAGAGAGAUGAACUCCUAAGGAUGGCCGAGAUGGAUAUAAAACGGCAGCAUUAUCUCCGGUUCUUACAUGAAUGGAAAGAGGAUUCCCGAGGGGUCAGCGCUGCCCGAAUUCAGAGACACCACAACACCCAGAGGGCACAGGAGCUCCAGAUGGCAAAUAAGGAACUAAUAAUGGUCCGCAGGGCGGCGUUGCGAUGCCUUCUUGAGGAUGAACACUUACAGUACCAGGCGGAGCUGCAUCGGAUGGGGAAGGCUUUCUAUGUGGACAGACUGUGAUUCCUCCUGUCAGUAGAACAUUAGUUACAGGGGGUGGCGGUGAUAUUUGUGCCAAUCUACAGCUGUAUAUACAUAAUAAAUAAUGACAUCACA